AUGCCUAUCUUCCAGGAUCCAGAUCGUCAGCGGUUCGAGAACCUGUGGUCCGAUGACCACCAGCCAAGGCAAGAUGGGCACCGUCAGACCAUUAGCCCCUGGAAGCAUACUCCUGAACAGCCCCUGGUGUUUCACUCCCGGGACAGGCGGGAGGACUCCCCCCACGAGGGGCAUGCGAUAGAUCAACCUCAGGCGGGGUUACAUGCAAGCAAUCGGGAGGAACUGAUCCAGUACCUCAAAGGCGCAGAUACGCUGAGAUGGGCUCAGCACCGUUCCUUGGGAGAAACAGGUGCUUGCCAGAACCAUGCCCCCCAGACGCCCGAUAAAGCCUCCAAAAUGAAAGACAGAAUAACCGAGGACACUGGUCCACGCGACCAACCUCACUCGAGGGACCAGGAUUUAGCAUCGCCGGCCGAUAUCGAACGCCCUCGCUCAGCAUUGCAUUCUGGGGACUUCCGGGAAGGAACAUCGCAACUACAGGGCCAACAGCAUUUGCCCCCGUCUCCAAUACCGCAUCAUCACACUUUCAACGCUCAUACCCCUCAGUUGGGUUCUUCGCCGACAACGCCCUGGUUUACCGCGCCCAUUUUCUCCUCUUUGCGGAGUCAACCCUCAGUCCACACUGCGACUCCGACGGCCCGCUCUCGGGCGCCCUCUUUAGGCUCGUUCUCCUCCAGUUAUAUUCUAAAAGCGCCAACCAGCCCCCUGGUUCAUCAGGCGAACAAUACGGAUUUAGAUUUCUCUCCUCGACUGGAGUCUGCCGGUUACCCCGACCCCCUCGAGAAAGCCAAUCGCCGCCGUACACUCCCCCCAGAAUCAUUUCAACACCUACAGGCUUCGCCUACAGGCCAUGCUGGAGGACUUCAUUUCAACCAUGAGCCUUUGCGGACAAACUGGGACGGGGCAAUGUCCUACCAAUUUCACCCCCCUCGGCGCUCUCUGACCUCGACAUAUAGCCUCCAACUUGCAUCCUCGGCGCAAACCCCGAGCUCGAGAUUCAGGAGACCCUCGAUCAGUGCGGAAGUGUCUUCCAAGGCUCAUGCGCCGAUGGUUGGCUCAUACGAGGAAUCUAUCCUUCGUGGACGAAUGUCGAUGAAUCCGUCCAAACCACUCGACUUUACUGCGCAAAUCGGAGUCUUAGGGAAAGGCAAAUGUAAAGCCAAUCUCAAGUGUCCGCCACACGUCACGAUUCCGUUCCCAGCUGUUUUCUACAGCUAUCCGACUUCGGGAUUCGGGCGCUCCAUUUCGGACGAUAGUCCCAGCCCAUAUGUUGGGCUGAUUGACCUCGACAAUUUCCUUCCCAAGGAUACGUCCAGCAGCAACGGUCGACGACGCAGGCGUCACCAGAGUCCUGCGGGCCUGCACGAUGAUCAGGUCAUGGGGAAUACUCUGGAGUCCAAGCCAAACGACCAGGAGGCUUUGCGCAGACGCGAAAAGAAGCACAGACGGGCAGAAUCGCCCAAAUCUCCGCCAGGUGGUUGCUAUCGCAUACCACAACAUGGGCAGUUACAGAUCAUGAUCAAGAAUCCAAACAAGACGGCCGUCAAGUUGUUCCUUGUUCCGUACGACCUCGGUGACAUGGAACCUGGGACAAAGACAUUUGUCCGUCAAAGAAGCUAUUCUGCGGGUCCCAUGAUCGAUAUGCCCAUGAGUGCUCGGAAGAAUUACGGGACCGACCGUCCGGAGGCGUCGUUGAAUACUUCCGAAGAUCCAAAGGAUAAACCUACACUGCGGUAUUUGGUUCAUUUGAACAUCUGCUGCCCUUCCAGAGGUCGGUUUUACCUUCACUCUAGCAUACGCGUUGUAUUUGCGAACCGAGUUCCCGACGGUAAGGAAAAGCUACGGAAUGAGAUUCAGUAUCCUGACCCCCGGUACACGCCUUACAAGCCUUACCGGGAAAUCAGUCAUGCGCACCCUAGUGCAAGGUCCACGACGGACAAGGCAUCACGAAGAGUGGCCACUGGCCAUGAUUCGGUGCCCAAGUUCUCACCGUCAGGGCUUCAAGCCUCGGGGGAAUCGUCCCAUCUGGGAGGUUCUUCCACACACUUCGAAAGAAGACCGUUCGUCUUCCUAGGCCAGGAAACUAGUAUUCCUCCUGGAAACUCAAGGCAACCUCAUCACUCAGAUGAGCGCCCGCCACAUCCUUUCCAGCCCAUCCCGUCGCUGAGAGUAAAUCCUAGUCCGGUUGAGCCGGAGCCCACUGAACAGUACCAAGGGCUUUAUGGGAAACUCAAUAAGGGUGACCAUGGCUAUGGUGGCUAUUCCUCCGGCUUCACCGGUGGUCCCGAAGCCGGGGACAGUCUCCUUGCCAGAAAGUUGAGACGAUUAGACGUGCAGAAGCACAACUCGCUCAACUUCAACUCACCAGGCGCAUAG